GUUUUCAGUAUAAAGAAGUUGUUUGACCUAAUUCUUGAGCAUCUUUGCGUCGUUUAUAAGGCGUUGAGGUAAGAAGAAGAAAUUCAGUUUAAGAACAGUAAUUGAAGGCAGUGGAAGUUUUGCGAUUUGUGAUUUUAUUUUGUUGAAUUGAGUAAGAAUGUAUCGGUUCCUCACAUCAGCUAUAUGCUUCCUAUUAAUAACAUUCUUAACAAAUGCAGCCAGAAACACGAAUACAAACAGCAAUUCCAAUAAUCCACCAACUGAAUCAUGUGAUCAACUAGACAGUCCACAAACCUGUUUAAUUGAUAAUCGUCACAUUGAUGAAUCAUCAUGGCAAAUUGAGAAGAACCGAAAAGUUACAAGCCUCAAAUUAACAAACAUUCAAAGUGAAAACUUACCGAUAAAUGUUGAUGAAUCAUUUCCGAACUUAGUUUCCUAUUCAGCAUCAGAAACGUCAUUUAGAAUUCUUAAAAAAGAACAUUUAAGGCACCUUAGGUCACUUGAGAGUUUGAGCCUUAACAAAGGUGAAUUAAUCAGAGUAAGAAGAGAUGCUUUUGAUGACAUGCCGAACCUACAGCGACUAGACUUGGGAUAUAACUUUAUCAAAAUGGUGUCACCUGAAAACUUCCGUGAACUUGGCAAACUUGAAUUUUUGUCAAUAAAAAACAACGAAAUUGAGGAAAUCAGCCCGAGAAUCUUUAAAGGUUUGUUAAACCUUAAAGAAUUUAAUGGAGAUGACAACAAGCUAGCUUCAAUAACUGGUGAAACAUUCUCAAAUAAUCGAAGAUUAAGAAACAUUUCACUUAAAGGCAAUAACUUGAAAUUUGUCGAUGAUUCAACAUUUAAUGGACUCAAAGAGCUUCAAAGUCUUGACUUAAGUGGAAAUGAUUGUAUUGAUAAAGUUUAUAAUUUCCGUGGAACUGCUGGUGCAUUGUUGACUGCUAUUCGAAUGGAUAUGAAUAAUUUUUGUCAAAUUGGUGUUAAAGAUUAAUAAAAAAAUAGGAAAAUUUGUUGUCAUGCUUGACGAAAGAAGAU